UUGGGUAUGUAACAUGUUAACAGGAAAUGCACCUAAAUCGAAUGUGUGGAGAUUAUUGCUCAAUAAAGUCUAUUAGGAAGCUGGAAUCCAACCUUUGACUUACUGUACUUCCCCUCUCUGUGUAGGACAGAAAGUGGCCAUCAGCUCCUCUAUACAUCCACAGAGACCACAGAGCAGCAAAAGGAAACGCACUGCACAAGGGAAUCCACAGGGGCUUAAAAACCAGUGUAAAAACUAUGGCAGCUUAACACAAGAUCGACACAACAGUGGAAUACAGACAUGAACAUGUAUGUGAACUGUGGAAUCGACACUGAAUACAACAUGACUGUUCAGCGCAAUAAGACACAGAUGGUAGUUUUCUCUGAUUAUCAGCUUGAGCCUUCAGAAAAGCAUCAGCAGUAUAUUAUCAGCCUCUCCUUCUCUUGCCUUUACAUAAUAUUCCUGUUCCCUGUUGGCUUCUUUGGGAACAUCAUCAUCUUAUUGGUCAACUUGGACAACAGGGGCCGUCUGUCGGCCCCGGACCUCUACUUUGUGAACCUGGCUGUGGCCGACCUCGCCCUGGUGGCUGACUCUCUGAUCGAGGUGUUCAACCUUCAGCAGGGCUACUACGACAUAGCUGGCCUCUGCACCUUCAUGAACCUCUUCCAGCAGGUCAACAUGUACAGCAGCGUCUUCUUCUUAACCUGGAUGAGCUUCGACCGCUUCGUCGCACUGACCGGCCUCAUGGGGCGCAGCAUGUCGAGGGCGCGCCUCAGCUGCUGCCUCAUCUGGGUGUCUUCCUCUUUGUUCACUGUGCUUCCUUUUGCCAUAGCUCAAAGGCAGCACGCUGGAGAUCUCCGCUUCUGCUUCGCCAACGUGACACAGAUCCAGUGGCUGGAGGUGAUGCUGGGGUUCUUGCUGCCUUUCUGCAUAUUGGGGCUCUGCUACUGGAGAAUAGCACAGGUGCUCCGGCGCAGCCAGAGGGACCCGCAGCAGAAGCCUCAUAGGCAGAAAGCCCUGAGGAUGAUCUCAGCUGCCGUGUUAGUCUUCUUCCUCUGCUGGCUCCCGGAGAACGUGUUCAUCAGUGUUCACCUUCUGCAGAGUGACAUAGACGAAGGCCACACACUGUGGCAGGACUACCCCCUGACAGGUCAUGCUGUCAGGCUGGCAGCCUUUUCCAACAGCUGCUUUAACCCACUCAUCUACAGCUUCCUUGGGGACACCUUUCAGCACAAACUGAGGCGUUUUAUCCAGAAGAGGAGCAGAUUUGCCAAACUGCACAGGUCAGCCUCAGGGAAAUCCAUCUAUGAACCAGCUGCAAGUGUCCACGAAACAUGUGACACACCAAGCCAGUCCACUCAUCAAAACUCUAACAUGCCUCCAUGAACUGUUAUACUUCCCUCAAAUAAAUGGCAAAUGCACAUAAAAAAAAAAUGUCGCAGUGUAAAGACAAUGGAUAGUGUAAAAGCA